GACGCACACUCAAAAAUCAGAAUUUAGCAGUCCACAGUGCACACUGCAUUGCAUUAAUUGCUAUGGCGUAUUUGCGCACAGUUGUGAAAGGCUUGUGCUGAUUGUCAGUAGCGAAAUUUACGGGUCUUCCUGAUUUGUUUGUCCGUAAUCCGCGAAAAUGUAUCAACAAGGUGCACAGACUCGGAAUUUCAUUAACACCAAACUCCUAAAGCAUUAUGGAAAACUGCAACCUCUUUCGGCCACGCAGUUUAUAGAAAUUUGGAAUCACUAUGACAAAGAUGGCAACAAUUAUUUGGAAAACCAGGAGAUUGACUCUUUCUUGUACGACUUCCUAAACUCAGCGCUGAGCAAAACAAAAGCCAAGUUGACACAAAUGGAAGCAAAAGAGCUCAAAGCGGAAUUUCUCAAGGAGUUCGAUCAAAACAAAGAUGGGAAGAUCUCUGUUACGGAACUAUCGUAUAUACUUCCAGCUAGACAGCGGUUCUACCUUCUAUACAGGCUCGGCAAUCAGCAUGAAAACAAUUCACAUGGUGCAAAAGAUUACAUGGAGACGUGGAAAAAGUAUGACAAAGAUUUAAGUGGAUUCAUCGAGAAGGAUGAGCUCAAGUCCUUUCUUGGUGAUUUGCUGGCAAAAGUCAAUCCGGAUGGAGCUGCAAAUGAAAAAAAGCUGGAGCGAUACACACGAGAAAUUAUGGAAAUCUUUGACAUUAAUAAGGAUGGCAAACUUGAAUUAUCGGAAUUAGUCCAUCUGCUGCCAAAAGAAGAAAACUUCGUGCAAAUUGUCCUCGAUAAGGCACUAACCCUGGAUAGACUGUAUGGAAACGAUGUGAAAUUGCUAAUAGAACAUUAUGACAAGGAUAACAGCGGUACACUGGAAGCCGAAGAGCUGGAUAACUUGUUACGUGAUGUCUUAGUGGCAUCACAAACGCCGGGUAAAACCAUUUCGGCUGGUGAUGUCCAAGAGCUGAAGGCUUCCUUGAUGAAGGCGUGCGAUUUGGACGCCAAUGGACGACUCAAUGCCAAAGAGCUGUCCGUUUUGCUCUUGGCCAUUGCUAAUUCACAGCGAAGCGGUUAUGAUUUUGAUCGAGAUUUUCGCGAAUCUAACAAUGAGGGAUCACGUAAUAACGAUUCCGCUGGUCUAAACUACGUAGAACGACAGAAUGAACCCAUUACCCAAAAUACCGGAAACGGCAGUUCGGCAAACACAUCAGCGGACGAAUUUACUACCCGCGUGCGUCUGGUACGAAAAGAUAUGUUUAUAUUAUCGGGCCCGACUGGAAAAUGCAAAGAAGAUGACGAAAAAAAUUAAAUCUUUGUCCUGCUGUCAGAGUGUCAGUAAUUUUUGUCUUCCUUGAAGUUGGUUUAGGUAUUUCCGUUAUUCGUGUUUAGUGACAUCUUUGUCUACACCUCAUUGUUAAAACACCGUUCCAUAAGACAUUUAAGUCAUCAUCGCCUCUGAUUGUUCAACUACCGAUGUUCAAGAAAAAAAUCUCGCUUGAAACACUGAACAGUAAAUAUAUGCUGUAAUUAUGUUCUUCCUACUGUGUGUAGUCUUGCCAUUUGACGGAAUACUUAUGUACGAUACGCAACUAACUCUGUCCCGGCCGUGUUUUGGUUGUAAAAGUGU